AUGUCGCGCCCCUCAUCCGUGGCGGGCGACGCCGUCCCGUGCCUCAUCCUCCCCUACUCUUCCGCCGAUCAGAGCCUCUCGGUCUCGGUCCCGCUUGAUCCCCUGCCACCUGCCACGUCAGUGGCCUCCUCCGCAAAGCCCACCUGGGAUCCGUCCAUGCUCCUCGCCCUCGCCUCGACGCUGGCCGACAAGUCCGAUCUGUCGGCGGCACCCUCGCCAGUCUUUGCCCUCCCGCUCUUUAUGGCUGCCGUCCUCGCUUCCGCGCCCAAGCCCAACCCCAAGUCGUCCCGGGAGACUGCCCUCCUCCGCCUCCUGCUGCACGCUCUCCACACCUCGCAUCUCGACGACCACUUUCUGGCCGAGGCCUCUUCCGCCUCGGGCCGCCCCCUCCCCGACGCCCCCACCCUCACCGCCGCCAUUCACGGCUACCAGGCUACCGUUGCCUUUCUCUCGUCUGUCAACCUGCUCCCGCUCUCCGCCCUCCCCCACCUCCCGGCUCUUCUCGCCUCGCCAAACACUUCGCUCCUCGCCGUUUUUGGCGGCCAGGGCGUCGAGUACUGGCCCGAACUCGCUGCCACCGUCGCCGCCACCCCCAGCAUCCGCCCGCUCGUCGAUGCCGCCGCCGCCGCCCUUGCCGCCGCCGCUGCCUCGCCACAGGCCGUCGAGCUAGGCUGGUACGCCGAGCACGGCUUUGACCUCGCCGCCUGGCUGGCAAACACCCCGCCGCCGCCGACCUACCUCGCCUUUGCCCCGAUCUCCUUCCCGCUCAUCGGUCUCACACAGCUGCUCAACUACGCCGCCCUCGCCGCAAACCUUGCCCUCUCGCCCACAGCCCUCCGCCGCCACUUUGCCUCUGCCACCGGCCACUCGCAGGGCAUCGUCGCCGCCGUCGUCCUCGCCCUCCUCGACGACGCCGCCGACUCGCCCCUCGACGACUUUGCCGCCCGCACCGUCGACGCCGUCCGCUUUCUCUUCUGGAUCGGCGCUCGCAUGCAGCAAGUCGCCCCGCUCACCGCCCUCCCCAUCGACGUCAUCGAGGACUCGCGUGCAAAGGGCCGUGGCAAGCCCACACCCAUGCUCUCCGUCACCGGCCUCGACUCAAACACCCUCACCCACGCCCUCGACACCUUUCAGGCCCGCGCCCCCGUGCCAAAGUACGUCCACCUCGCCCUCCGUAACGGCCGCAACAAGUUUGUCGUCGCCGGCGUCCGCGAGCACCUGCACGACUUUUGCGACUUUCUCGACUCGGUCGCCGUCUCGCCCGACCUCGACCAGGCCCGCACUCCCUUCUCGCUCCGCAAGCCCACAUACCGCGCCGUCUACCUCGACGUCUCCGGCUCCUUCCACUCGCCGCUCCUCGAGCCCGCUCUCGCCCUAGUCGCCGCCGAUCUCCACCGCAUCGGCCUCGCCGCCUCCUGGUCCUCCGCCCGCCUCUCGCUCCCGGUCUACUCGCCCACAGACGCCGGCGCAGACCUGGCCACCCUCCACCCAUCCUCGCUCACCGCUCACCUCGCUGCCUCCAUCGCCGUCGCCACCGCCGCCCCGGCCUCGGCCAUCACUCACAUCAUCGACUUUGGCCCCGGCCGCGAGUCCGGCAUCGCCGCCAUCACUGCCGCAAACCUCCGCGGGCGCGGCAUCUCCGUCCUCUCCUCCGCCCUACACACUCUCCCGCUCUACUCGCGCUCCGUCGACAACCUCACCUUUGGCAUCUCCUACGCAAACGCCUUUGGCCCGUCUCGCGUCGUCCUCCCCGACGGCUCCGUCCGCAUCGACACAAAGUUCACUCGCGCUACCGGCCGCCCGCCCGUCCUCGUCGGCGGCAUGACCCCCACAUCCGCCCACGCCCCGCUCGUCGCCGCCAUCGCAAACGCCGGCUACCACGCAGAGCUCGCCGGCGGCGGCCUCCCCCGCAAGGCCAUCUUCCACGACCGCGUCGCCCAACUCGUCGCCCUCCUCAACCCCGGCGCCUCCUUUGGCCUCAACCUCCUCUUCCUCAACCCCAAGCAGUGGGCCUUCCAGUACCCCGCCACUCUCGCCCUCCUCGCACGCGGCGUCCCCAUCUCACACGUCACAAUCGCCGCAGGCGUCCCCUCCCUCGACAACGGCAUCGAAAUCCUCUCCGCCUUGGCUGCCGCAGGCCUCCGCGAGCUCUCCUUCAAGCCCGGAAACGUCUCCGCCAUCCACCGUGUCCUCGCCAUCGCCUCCGCCGUCCCCCACCUCACAGUCGUCCUCCAGUGGACCGGCGGCCGCGCCGGCGGCCACCACUCCUUCGAGGAUGCCCACCAUCCCAUCCUCCACACCUACCACGCCAUCCGCGCCACCCCAAACAUCCCCUACGGCUACCCGCCCAUGCCCUUUGACGCCGUCAUGAUCGCAUCCCGCGUCAUGGUCGCCGCAGAAGCCGCCACUGCAUCCCCAGUCAAGGACCUCAUCGUCGCAACCCCAGGCGUCGCCGCACAGCACGAGUGGGAGCGCUCCUACGACGGCCCCGUCGGUGGCAUCAUCACCGUCACCUCGGAGCUGGGCGAGCCCAUCCACGUCCUCGCAAACCGUGCAGGCGGCGACGCCCUCACCGCCGCUCUCGCUAAGCACCGCGCCGCCAUCAUCUCAGGCCUCAACGAUCACUACCAGAAGCCAUUCUUCCCGCGCUGCCCGCGCACAGGCAACCCGUGCCCGCUCUCGCAACUCACAUACGCUGCUCUCCUCCGUCGCAUGGUCCACCUCAUGACUGACGCCACCGGCGCUUGGAUGCACGCCACUUACCGCUCCCGCACCGCCGCAAUGACCCUCCGCGCCGUAGAGCGCGUCGCAACCGCCAUCAACCCCAUCAUCACUGCCUUUCCCGCCCUCGCCUCGCCGGACGCCUUCCCCUCCUCCGCAGAACACACGCGCUCCCUCCUCGCACACCUCGCCGCCGCCCUUCCGCGCCUCGACUCGCUCCUCCUCGCCUCUCAGGACAUCGACUACUUUCUCGCUCUCUGCAAGACCGGCGGCAAGCCCGUCAACUUUGUCCCGCUUCUCGACGCUGACAUCGCUUACUGGUUCAAGAAGGACUCACUGUGGAUGUCGGAGGACCUCUCCUGCGUGCCAGACUCGGAUCCCCAGCGCGUCUUUGUCCUCCACGGCCCCGUCGCCGCAGCGUUUUCCACCUCGGCAAACGAGCCCGUCGCUACCAUCCUCAACUCAAUCACAGACCACGUCCUCCACGUCCUCGCUUCCGCUCCCUCUGCUCAAGCCCCGACGCCCGUCCCCUAUCUCGCAGGCCCGGCCCGCCCGCAUCCAUCCCACCUCCCAAACGCCCCGCUCACCAUCGCCCCGCUCGACGACAUCGUCAUCCCGCUCGACGCCGCUCCCUCGUCUCUUCCCUCGCUCAGCGCCGUGCUCGACGAGCUCGCCGGCCCCGAUCCCGGCUGGCGCGCCGUCGCCCUCCUCUCGCCCUCUUACGUCGCUCCCGACGGCCACUCGCGCAUCCCAAACAUGACCAUCACCCUCUCCGCCCACCACUCUGACACCGCCCUCAUCUCGCUCUCCUUUGAUGCACACGCCUCAGACGUCGUCGCCGUCGUCCACCACCACAAGCCCGGCGGCGCCGUCGUCCCGCUCACGCUCUCUUUCUCAUAUCGUGUCUCGCCCUCUGGACUAGCCCUGCUCUUUGUCAACGACUCGGGCCACACCGCCCGCGUCAAGCACUUUUACGCCGCCAUGUGGUUCGAUGACCCGCUCCUCGCUCUCCCGCCCGACCACGACCCCACCCCGCUUCCCGACCGCUCCUUCUCCGCCACUUACACCCUCACACGCGACGCCAUCAAGUCCUUCCAGCGCGCCAUCGGAAACACAAACGGCCGCUACCUCGACCGCGGUCAGGACAAGCUCGCCGCUCCGCUCGACAUGGCCAUCGCCGCAGCUUGGGUCCCCCUCAUGCGCGCCCUCUUUGUCCACGAGCUCAACGUCGACUUUCUCCGCCUCGUCCACCUCACAAACUCCGUCGCAAAGGUCGCUCCCUCUCCCGCCGCCCUCCACGCCUCGGAGCUCUCCGAGGGAGACAUCCUCACAUCGGUCGCACGCCUCGUCGAAAUCCGCAACUCCACCGCAGACCCCGAGGGCAAGGUCAUCGCCGUCGCCGUCGACAUCGCCCGCUGCGGCGCCCCGCUCCUCACCCUCACCUCCUCCUUCCUUGUCCGCGGCUACUUUGACGACUACGAGAACACCUUUACCACUUCUCACACCGCACACGUCCUCGACGUCAGCGCUCCCAUUCCGCGCGCACUCGUCGCCGCAGAGUCGUGGAUCGCCUGUCUCCGGAACCGUCUCCCCCGCCCCGUCCCCGGCCAUCCGCUGCCCGCCCCGAUCGCCACCAUCGCCUACUCUGCUGCCGCCACCAACGACGUCCUCGCCUUUCUCGACAAGCACGCAGUCCCCCUCUCGCACGGCGCAGACACCGUCGAGUUUGCAGACGGCGGCGAAAUCCUCCUCGCCGCCCCAGACAUGGCUCCCGCCCCGCGCCACAACUCGUCGUACGCAGUCGCCUCCGGAGAUCUCAACCCCAUUCACGUCAACCCGGCCAUCGCUGUCCUCGCAAACUUGCCUGGUACAAUCACCCACGGCAUGUGGCUCGCCGCAAACGCCCGCCGCGUCCUCGAAACCUGGGCCGACAACGAUCCCCACCGCAUCCUCGACUUUGCCGUCGAGUUUACAGGCAUGGUCCUCCCGCUGAACAAGCUCUACACACAGCUCGUCCGCGUCGGCAUGCGCAACGGCGCCGCCGUCAUCCACAUCACAACACGCAACGCCGAUGACCUCCCCGUCCUGCGCGCCACCGCUCUUGUCGCGCAGCCGCGCACCGCUUACCUCUUUACCGGCCAGGGUUCCACAGAACUCGGCAUGGGCAUGGAUCUCUACGCCUCAUCGCCCGUCGCGCGCAACCUCUGGGACCGUGCCGACGCCCAUCUCAAGGCAAAGUUUGGCUUCUCGCUCCUUCACAUCGUCCGCAAGAACCCGAAAGAGCUCACCGUUCACUUUCACGGCCCGCGCGGCGUAGCUAUCCGCGACAACUAUCGCGCCCUCACCAGACAGGUCCCGCACCUCGACAACGCCACCGGAAAGCUCGUCUUUACCACCCAGGCUCUCUUCCCGGACAUCACCUCCUCAUCCUCAUCCUACACCUUCUCAGCCCCGCAGGGCGGCCUCCUCUUCGCCACCCAGUUCAAUCAGCCGGCUCUCGUCAUGUUCGAAGUCGCUGCCUACUCGGACAUGGUCGCCCGCGGCCUCGUCCAGAAAGGCGCCUUCGUCGCCGGCCACUCGCUCGGCGAGUACGCCGCAGUCUCCGUCUCCGGCGACGUCAUGCCGCCCGAGGAGCUCGUCGUCAUCGUCUUUCUUCGCGGCAUGACCAUGCAGUCCGCCGUCGUUCGCGACGCAGCCGGCCGCUCCUCAUACGGCAUGGUUGCCGCAGACCCCUCGCGCGUCGGCCCGCACUGCUCGCCACACCUCCUCUCCGCCGUCGUCGACGGCAUCGAGUCCGCCACCGGCGCCCUUCUCCAAAUCGUCAACUACAACGUCGAAGGCCGCCAGUACGUCGUCGCAGGCGAUCUCUACAACCUCGAAGCCCUCUCCCGCGUCCUCUCCGCCCUCAAGCGCUCGCCAGAGUCGCCCAUCGCCCGCCUCGUCCGCGCAACCACAAAGGUCACAGAGGCCCUCCGCGCAGAGCACCGCGCAGAGGGCUCGCUCCUCUCUCUCUCCCGCGGCUCCGCCACAAUCCCGCUCCGCGGCAUCGACGUCCCCUUCCACUCAAAGCUCCUCCGCCCGGGCGUCGCCGCCUUCCGCGCCGCUCUCGAGGCCUCCAUCGCCCCGGUCACAACCGUCGCCGCCAUGGAGGGCGUCUACAUUCCCAACGUCACCGCCGUCCCCUUUGCCAUCUCCAGAUCGUACUGCGAGCUGGUUGCAACAGCCACAGGCUCAGAAAUCCUCGCAGACGUCCUCGCUCACUGGGACACAUGGGCUUCCCACCACGCAAAGCCCGCCCUCGGCCGCAAGCUCCUCAUCGAGCUCCUCUCCUACCAGUUUGCCUCGCCCGUCCAGUGGAUCAAGACCCAGGAGGUGCUCUUCAACACAGGCGUCCGCCGCAUCAUCGAGAUUGGGCCCAUGCCCACUCUCUCCACCCUGGCCUCUCGCACUCUCACCCGCCCCGCCUUCUCGCCGCUCGCACCGCUCAUCACCGUCGUCUCCUACGCUUCUCACACAGACGCCAUCUAUCUGCUCGAAGGCAAUCGCGUCGAACCGCCCCCGCUGGCAGACGUCACCGGCAACUCCACCCUCCGCGAGCUGGCCGGCGGCAAGUCCGCCAUGCAAAACGAGGUCGUUGGCGACCUCGGCAAGGAGUUUGCCUCUGCAUCCACCCCCGACAACGCUGUCGAGAUGCCGCUCUCCGCCUUUGCUGCUGCCGUCGCUCCAUCCUACAAGUCCCUCGGCAAGGUCUCCAUCGCCCUCCUCGGGAAGCUCGCCUCGCGCAAGCUGCCCGGCGGCUUUGGCGCCUCGAAAAUGCGCGCCGCACUCAACGCCGCCGGCCUCGAUGGCGGCCUUGUCGACAACGCCCUCGUCCGCGCCCUUGCUAUGGAGCCGCCGUCGCGCCUUCCCGACGACGCCGCCGCCAAUGCUUGGCUCGCUUCCGUCGCCGCCUCUUACGCCGCUGCCCACGGCCUCUCGUUGCCGGCCCCUGCCGUCGCCGCCCCUCCUCCCACCGCUCCCGACCAUUCCACCUCGCCGCCCGCCGCCGCCGUUCCCGACGCCCCGCCUGCGCCCGAACACGUCCUCCGUGUCCUCGUCGCCACAAAGUCCAAAAAGUCGUUGGCUGACGCCGCCCCAACCGCCUCCAUCCGCGAUCUCGCCGGCGGCAAGUCCGCCCUCCAAAACGAGAUCGUCGGUGAGCUCGGCGAAGAGUUUGGCCCCGCUCCCGCCUCCGUCGACAACCUCGCCGACAUGCCGCUCGCCGCCGCUGCCGCUGCCGUAGGCCCCGCAUACUCAAAGCUCGGCAAGGUCUCCUCAAACCGCGUCCGCAAGAUGCUUUCAACAAAGAUCGCCCUAGGCUACGACGCCGCUGCCGCACAUCUCGCCUCCGCCUUUGGCCUCGGCCCGGGCCGCAUCGACUCCGUCCUCGUCCACGGCCUUCUCUCCGAGCCCGCAUCGCGCCUCGCCUCGCAGACAGAAGCCCACGCAUGGCUCGACGCCACCGCCCAGAGCUACGCGUCCUUUGCGGGCAUUCCCCUCGCCUCGCCGGCCGCUGCAGCCGCCGCCGCCGCUCCCGGCGCUGGCCUCUCCUCAGCCGCCGCCGCCGCCGUCCUCGCCCAGCUCGCCGCCUUUACCGAGAGCCACGCUCAGCUCAUCCGCAACCUCGGCGCCGCCCACCAUAACUUCCUUGGCAUCGAUUCGCGCGCCGCCGACAAGACCGCCGCUGCCGCCACCGCCGCCGCGCACGCCGCACACGCCGAGCUCGACUGGUGGCGCGCCGAGCACGGCGACGCCUACGCCGACGGCAUCGUCGCCGCUUUCGCCCCAGCAAAGGUCCGCGUCUACGACUCGGCCUGGAACUGGGCCCGCGUCGACUUUGUCGAGCUCUUCCUCGACCUCAUCUCCGCGAACCGAGCUCUCGACGACCCGCUCGUCGAUGCUCGCCUCGACUCGCUCCGCAACCGCGGCGGCACCAACCUCGCUCCGCUCGUCGAGUGCUACGCAGCAAAGGCUCGCGAUUCCGCUGCAUGCCCGCCCGGCGUCGCCGACAAGCUCGCUUUCCUCGCCACUACCCUCCGUCAUGCUCCUACUCCGCCACGCGCAUACCUCCACUUUGACGAGCUCACAGCCCCCCACGUCUCCAUCUCCCCAAAGGGCGCCAUCGUCUACGAAGAGCUCCCGCGCCACGGCGUUGCAAACCUCUCCGAGUACGUCGCCUCUGUCACUCGCGGCGCCUCGGCUCUCACCGUCGCUCCGCCAGGCUCCGCACAGAGCGCACAAGUCGCAGCCGCCCUCGCCGCUCUCGAGUCCCUACUCGCCGCCGUCCCCCACCAUCAGGUGCCCGACCAAGUCGCCAGCCAGCUCGCCCACCUCCGCGCCGCCCACGCCGACGCGACUCUCGCAUGCUCCAUCUACCACUCCGCCCUACACAGCCUCGCCUCCGGUUCCGUCUCCUUUGCCGGCCUCCACGUCCUCGUCACCGGAUGUGGCUCAGGCUCCAUCGGCCUCGAGUGCGUCAAGCACCUCCUCGCAGGCGGUGCCCGCGUCGUCGCUACCACCUCGUCGUACUCGCUCGCCAAGACCACCAUGUACCGCAACGUCUACCGCCAGUGGGGCGCCGCCGGCGCCUCGCUCAUCUUGGUCCCCUUCAACCAGGGCUCGCUCGCAGACGUCAACGCCCUCGUCGACUACAUCUACUCUUCUCUAGCCAUGGACCUCGACGUCAUCCUGCCCUUUGCCGCCAUCUCAGAGAACGGCCGUGAUCUCGCGAGCCUCGACUCAAAGUCCGAACUCGCACACCGCAUCAUGCUCACAAACCUCGAGCGCCUCCUCGGUGCCGUCAAGGCCGCCAAGGACGCCCGCCAGAUCGAGACCCGUCCGGCCUGCGUCGUCCUCCCGCUCUCGCCCAAUCACGGCGCCUUUGGUCACGACGGCCUCUACUCAGAGUCCAAAAUCGGUCUCGAGGCCCUGCUGGCAAAGUGCGUCUCGGAAGGCUGGGGCCACUACCUCUCCGUCGUAGGCGCCGUCAUCGGUUGGACUCGCGGCACCGGCCUCAUGUCCGGCACAAACCUCGUCGCUCCCACCAUGGAGAACGACUAUGGCUGCCGCACCUUUUCGCCUGCUGAAAUGGCCUUCAACAUCCUCGCCCUCAUCGUUCCCGCCAUGAAGGCCCGCAUCGAAGAGGGGCCGCUCGUCGCUGACCUCUCCGGCGGCAUGGGCACCGUUCCCGACUUGCACACCCUCCUCCGCGACGUCCGCGCCGACCUCGAAGCCCAGGCUGCCACAGCACGCGCCCUUGCCGAGCAAGCUCCGCCGCUGCCGCCGCUGCCUGCCCAGGACCGCGCCUGCUUCGACUUUGCCUUUCCAAAUCUUCCCACAGAGGACACCCUCGCUCCGCUCCGCGCAAAUCUCCACGGCAUGCUCGACCUCGAGUCCAUCGUCUGCGUCGUCGGCUACGGCGAGAUCGGGCCCUGGGGCAACGCUCGCACACGCUGGGACAUGGAGCAGUCGGGCGAGCUCUCGCUCGAGGGCUGCAUCGAACUGGCCUGGCUCAUGGGCCUCAUCACAUACGACCCCGCCCAGGCCUCCUGGGUCGAUGCCACCACGCGCGCUCUCGUCGCAGACCUCGACGUCAAGGCCUCCUACGAAGACGCCAUCCUCGCACACGCCGGCAUCCGCCUCGUCGAGCCGGAACUCUUUGACGGCUACUCUCCUCACGCAAAGUCCUUCCUGCGCCAAGUCGUCGUCACAAACACCCUUGGCCCCGUCGAGGUCGCCUCACCCGAGGAGGCCACCGCCUUCAAGGCCGAGCACGGUGACGCCGCUACCAUCUUUGAGCGCGGCUCUACCUGGUUCGUCCAGCUCGAGCCAGGCUCCGUCGUCUACGUGCCCAAGGCCCUCCGCUUCGAUCGCGCCGUCGCCGGUCAGAUUCCCACAGGCUGGGACCCGGCCCGCCUCGGCGUCCCGCAGGACAUCAUCGCCCAGGUCGACCCGGUCACCCUCUACCUCCUCACCUCCACCGCAGAGGCCCUCCUCACCGCCGGCAUCACAGACCCCUACGAGCUCUACAACUAUGUCCACGUCUCACAGGUCGGAAACUCCAUCGGCGGCGGCAUGGGCGGCAUGCGCGCCAUCCGCCGCGCACACCGCGACCGCCUCCUCGACCACGACAUUCCCUCAGACACCCUCCAGGAGCAGCUCAUCAACGUCGCCCCCGCAUGGAUCAAUAUGCUUCUGCUCUCGGCAUCCGGCCCCAUCAAGACCCCCGUGGCCGCAUGCGCCACAGCCGCAGAGUCCGUCGACAUCGCCGUCGAGACCCUGCUGGCCGGCAAGGCCAAGGUCAUGUUUGUCGGCGGUUUCGACGACUUUGGCGAAGAGUCGUCCUACGAGUUUGCCCAGAUGGGCGCAACCUCAAACUCGGACAAGGAGUUUGCACAAGGUCGCGACCCGCGCGAGAUGUGUCGCCCGGCCACAACUUCGCGCGGCGGCUUUAUGGAGUCGCAGGGCGGCGCCGUCCAGAUGCUCACCACCGCCGCCCUCGCCAUCGAGAUGGGCCUGCCCAUCCACGCCGUUCUCGCAUGGUCCGCCACCGCCACGGACAAGGAAGGCCGCUCCGUCCCGGCCCCGGGCCAGGGCAUCCUCACAGCCGCCCGCGAAGUCCCGCUCGCCUUUGCCAACCCCAUGCUCGACAUCGACUACCGUCGCGCACAGCUGGAUGACGAGCGCGCCCGCAUCGCCGCCUGGCUCUCCGCUCAGCGCGAUGCCCUCGAGCGCGGCGCACAGGCCAUGGCAGACUCCGCCGGGCCAGACUCGGCUGCCGCCUACCUUGCCGAGCGCUCCGCUGCACUCGACGCUGUCGCCCACAAAAUGACCCGCGCCGCCCUCAAGAUGUGGAACAUGGAGUUCUACCUCGAUGAUCCGUCCGUCGCCCCGCUCCGCGGUGCCCUCGCCGUUUUUGGCCUCGACAUCAACGACGUCGACCUCAUCUCCUUCCACGGCACAGGCACCGCCCUCAACGACACCUCAGAAUCCACCGUCAACCAGAUCGAGCUCGACCACCUCGGCCGCCACUCGGGCAACCCGGUCUUCACGGUCUUCCAAAAGUGGCUCACCGGCCACCCCAAGGCCCCAGCCGCAGGAUGGAUGCUCAACGGCGUGCUGCAGAUCAUGGCCUCAUCCAUCGUGCCGGGCAACGGCAACCUCGACAAUGUCGACCCGGCCCUCGCCAAGAACUCGCACCUGCUCUACCUCGACCGCCCCAUCAAGCUGCCGAGCCCGCCGCGUGCCGCUCUCCUCAAGUCGUUUGGCUUUGGCCAGGCCGGUGCAUCCAUCCUCGUCCUCAACCCCAUGUACGUCUUUGCCGCACUCUCGCCUGCACAGAUGGCCGCCUACUCAGCCGCCCGCCUCCCGCGCGCCACCGCAGCCUACCGCUACGGCCACGAAGUCCUCACCUCGCGCCGCGCCCUCAUCUCUGUCAAGAAUGAGGCCCCGUACUCGGAUCGUGACCAGACCCGCGUCUACCUCAACCCAACGCCCGCGCCACCCGCGACCCGGCCGACGGCCAAGGCCCAGCUCAAUGCCGCAUCCUCCGCUGCCGCAUCCUCUGCCUCUGGCGCUUCCACCCCAAAGACUCCCCAGCCCCCCGUCCGCGGCGUCGGCGUCGACGUCGAGGAUCUGGCCGAGUGGCACGCCCGCGCUACCUCGUCGGACUUUCUCGACCGCAACUUUACUCCCGACGAGGUCAGCCACUGCACGAGCCGCCCAUCACCGCCGGCCUCAUUUGCCGGCCGCUGGUGCGCCAAGGAAGCCGUUCUCAAGGCGCUCAACGCCGUCGAUCCCGAGGACUCCUCCAUCUCACUUGGCCCUGCCGCUCCGCUCCGCGACAUCGAGAUCUCCACCUCGGCAUCGGGCGCUCCUGUCGUCAUCCUACACGGCGCCGCCCGCGAUGCCGCAGACCGCCUCGGCAUCGCCACCCUCUCCGUCUCCAUCUCCCACUCGGACACCGUCGCCCCGGCCUCGCCCGGCUGGCUCGCUGCAAGCACAAAGACCGUGGCUGUGCCCGAGUUCCCGGCCCUCAAGUCUGCGGGUGAGUCUACGGGCGAGUCCGCCUCCAGCUCGUCGAGCAAGUCCAAGUCGCGCCGGCGGAAGCGGCGCAAGGGCGAGGAGCUGUCGAUGACCGAGCAGGGCCGCAAGAUGGGUGACCCGUACGAGGCACUUGGCCUGCCGCAGCGGUUCGAGGCGACGCAGGAGGAGAUCGAGGAGGCCUACCGCUACCAGGUCGUCGUCACCCACCCGGACAAGAACGGCGGGCUCGGCGACGCCCCGUUUGUGGCCGUCCAGGAGGCGUACGACGUGCUCAUCAACGUCGACACCCGGCGCCAGUUCGAGUCGCAGUACGAUGUCAACGAGACAAUGCCCAAGCCCGAGACCAUCAAUAAGGACAACUUCUUUGACGUCCUCGAGCCCAUCAUUGCCGACACCGCCCGCUUCUCCAUGAACCUCCCGGUCCCGCUCCUCGGCGACAUGGAUACGCCAUACGACGACGUCGAUGCCUUCUACGAGUUCUGGACCAAGUUUGACUCGUGGCGCGACUUCCGGUACUACGCCAAGUACACCAUCGCCGAGAUCAGCAACGCCGAGGACCGUGAGGAGCGCCGCUGGAUGGAGCAGCAGAACAAGGCCGAGGCCAAGAAGCUCAAGAAGCGCGACAACCAGCGCAUCUACGAUCUGGUCCAGCUCGCCAAGGCCAAGGACCCGCGCAUCGCACGCCGCCGCGCCGAGCGCAAGGCCGCCAAGGAGGCCGAGCGCCAGGCCAAGCUCGACGCCAAGGCCGCCAAGAAGGCCGCCGCAGAGGCCAAGAAGGCCGCCGCAGAGGCCGAGGCCCGCGCCGAAGAGGAGGCCAAAAAGGCCGAGGCCAACAAGGCCAAGGCCGGCAAGGCCGCCGCCAAGAAGCGCAAGAAGAUCGCCCGCCGCAACAUGCGCAAGCUCCCAGAGUCCUUCCCGCUCUCGACGCUCUCACCAUCGAGCGCCUCUGCUCCUCGGCCGAGCCCGAGGUCCUUGAAAACGUCGUCGAUGCCGUCAACGCCGCCGCUGACCACGACGCCCGCGCCGCCAUCCUCGCAGACGCCGCCGCCGCUCUCUAACUCUCCUGCCUAA